ACAGAGGGAGGCUGACAUGCCACAGGGUUGCAUUAGAGCCAGCCAGGAAGAAGGGCAGGGAGAAGAAAGCUCAAAUCCCUUUGCAAGAUUCAGGUGGUUUCCUCUUCUGCAUCUGUGUGUAUCUAGAUCCAUUUCAAACAUUUUUUUAUACUGAGUCUUCCUAGAAGAUGGUAAAUGACAGAUGGAAAGCCAUGGGUGGAGCCCCUCAACUUGAAGACGGACAGCAGGAGAAAUCCCAGCGCAUGAGCUGUGGUUACAUCCUGUGCACCGUACUGCUGUCUGUCGCUGUGCUGCUGGCUUUGACAGUCACCGGUGCCAUCCUCUUCAUGAACCACUAUCACACGCCAGUAACAGAGCCCCCGCCCGUCAUCAGCACCAACCCUGAUGAAGACAACAGUGCCCUGGUUACCAUUGAGAAGGCAGACAGCUCCCGCAUCAACAUCUUCAUUGACCCACGAUGCCCAGACCACGAAGACAACUUUGCCCGCCUAGAGGGUGCCCAGGCCUCUGUGCUUCAGGCCCUCACAGACCGUGAAACCGAGUUCAGGGCUGCCGGGGGCCGGGAACAGGCGUUGCUGGCCACCCUGGCUGAUGAGGUCCCCAAACUUCUGGCCCAGGCCACCGAGCUCCAGGAGGACUGCGAGGGCCUCAAGAGGGGUCACGGCACUCUGGGCCAAGGGCUGAAUGCUCUGCAGAAUGAACAGGGCCGACUCAUUCAGCUCCUCUCAGAGAGCCAGAGCAACAUGGCCCACCUGGUGAGCUCCGUCAGUGACGUCCUGGACACUCUGCAGAAAGAUCGAGGGGCUGCACGGCCUCGAAUCAAGGCUGACCUGCAAAAAGUCCCUUCCAGGGGGGCCAGGCCAAGGGGCUGUUCUAAUGGCUCCCGCCCGAGAGAUUGUCUGGACAUCUAUGCCAGUGGCCAGCAGGAAGAUGGGAUUUACUCUGUUUUCCCCACUCAUUACCCCUCAGGCUUCCAGGUCUACUGCGACAUGAGCACUGAUGGAGGGGGAUGGACGGUUUUCCAGCGUCGGGAGGAUGGUUCUGUCAACUUUUUCCGAGGCUGGGAGGCCUACAGGGAUGGCUUUGGCAAACUCACUGGAGAACACUGGUUAGGGCUCAAGAGGAUUCAUGCUCUGACCAUGCAGGCCACCUAUGAGCUACACAUAGACUUGGAGGACUUUGAUAAUGGCACAGCUUAUGCCCACUAUGGAAACUUUGCUGUGGGAUUGUUCUCUGUAGACCCAGAGGAAGAUGGCUACCCAAUCACCAUUGCUGAUUACUCUGGCACCGCAGGUGAUUCCUUCCUGAAACACAAUGGUAUGAAGUUUACCACCAAGGACCAAGAUAAUGACCACUCAGAGAAUAACUGUGCUGCUUUCUACCAUGGGGCCUGGUGGUAUCGCAAUUGCCACACCUCCAACCUCAAUGGUCAGUACCUCAGGGGUCACCACUCCUCCUACGCAGAUGGCAUCGAAUGGUCCUCCUGGACGGGAUGGCAGUAUUCGCUCAAAUUCACUGAGAUGAAGAUCCGACCAGUCAGAGAGGAAAAUUAGACUGGGACCUACAUUCCCCCCCCACCCCCAUCCUCCCUCACCUCUCUCUUCUCCCACUCUGCCCUCCGUUCUCUCCCCAAACUCUCAUGUUGUUUUGUCCAUGAGUCGGGGUGAACCGUCCUCCCGCCAGUGAUGAUAUCACAGUGGUCCCUGCAGGCAAAGAGUUGAGAAAAGCCAGAGACAAAGACUCUUCCCCAGGUUCAGAGAUGGAAAACUUUCCUCCGUAUCAGCUGGUGGGAGGUAAAUUUUGGAGGUGGAAAAAAAUAACGUAUAUCAGGGUGCUUAUAUAUAUACAUACACACAUAUAUUCACACACUGAUAGCUAUAUCUAGGUGUAGACUUAAGUAUGAAGAUGACUUUAAGAUCCAUAUUUUAUACCUGCCCUAGAUUUUUAUUCAUCCAAUAGGUAUUCUUGCCAGGUCUGGAUCUAAUUGGACCUGUCAAAAUUCUGUCUCCCUGUGUCAAAUAGAAGCAGUGGUAAUAACAGUUUCCAUCAGAGUUGGGGGUACAAAAAGAAGAGAAGAGAAGAUUCGGGGGGUAGUGACGAAGAAUGGGCAUCUCAGAUGAUCUUCAGAGGAAAAAAGUCUUAAGGGACGUAUCAAGGGAAACAUGAUGUAAGGAGCAUGGAUUUUUUUUUCACUGGUUCUCCUCCCUUGGGAACGGGAGAUGGGUGACCUGAAUCCAGCCAGGCUAACCCUCAGUCUCAGCAUUCAGCCCUUCCUAAAGUUCUCCUCCUCAUCUGAUCUCUGAUUUGUCGGUGGUGAAUAGAGGUUGACCCUGGCCUUUAUAUAAAAGCAGUGUUCCUGGGGCCAUGAGAUUGGCCCAGGCUGGCCCAGAGGUGGUGGAGGGGCUCCCAAGCACCUAGCCAGCUGUGAUGGGCACAGCUCAAAAAGCAUGGUGGAUUACACUGAGACCAUGCUGGCACAAGAUGGUGAGGGACUGGGGAAAGAGGCAGUGGUUAACUUUUGUGCCUCCCAGAAAGGAUCUUUUGCUCUGUACUCUGAGAGCAGCCUAAACUUCCAAACCUUUACCUUCAGGUAUCAUGCAAGUCUCUAUCCCCCAAACCCCACCCCAGCCUUUUCUGCAAUUAGGAUUCCCAGGCUGGACCUCUUCUCAACAUUGUAGCCAGGGGUGGGAAACCUGCAGCCUCAAGGCCACAUGUGGCCUAUGUCCUCGGGUGUGGCCUUUUGACUGAGU